AUGGGGUGGGUGGGGAUAGGGGCUCUAAUCGCCUCUAUAUCCUAUAUUCUCUACAAACACCCACCAACGUCGUGGUCAUUUCUGCUCUCUCCAUGGAGCUUUUUGACAGAACGAAGGAUUCAUUCGGAUGAGCCUAACCCAGGCCCGGAUUCUAUUGAACUCCCUUCUGCUAGACAGGAUGAUAUUACUCCCGCUGGUGCGGCACCUAGUGAGGACGGCCAGGAUGGGGAAUCGACACCAAAGGCAAAGCCUACGAUACCAGCAUCUGUCAUCCCACCUAUAACUCUCGACGAGCCUCAAGCUAUAUCCGAAGAGAAGAAGGAUGCCGUAGAACCAUCCUCUGGCUCAGGAGCAAGCCCUGAUGCUUCACCGAAGCCGAAUAGCACUCCUUCUGUUAUGGCUCCACCGCCUCCGACGAUGACACUUCAGCCUCCUGCUCCAGCCGUCAGAGUACCGGAACAACACCCACCUGCACCAACAAGCACGUCGUUGAUGCCUCCGCCGCCUCCGCCCGCUCCUAGACCUUCCUCUUCCCUAAGGGCACCUCUCCGCCCUCCGCCAUCAGCUGCAGCCUCCCUCCGCGUCCCACCAGGAUCACGCCCUACCACGAGCACUCUCCCCGUCCUUCCUCUCCCGGGAAAACCAAAACGAUCAUCUCGGCCCGUCAUCUUAGAACCAGGCCACUCUCCACUCGACUGGGCUGCUCUAACGUCUAAUCCGCGUAACAAUCUUCGAGGCGCAGAUCUACCGCCUACAUUGAUCAGGGUUACACCGUCAAUGUUAAAGCAGCAUAAUGGGCGUAAGGGGACAGAUGCAUGGACGUCGUACCAAGGGAAAGUGUAUAAUAUUACUCCAUUUGCACCGUUUCACCCUGGUGGGAAAGGAGAGCUGCUUCGUGGUGCUGGCAAGGACUCGGAAAAACUGUUUGCUGAGAUCCAUCCGUGGGUGAACUGGGAUGGGAUGUUGGCUGAGUGCAUGGUUGGAAUAUUGGUUGCUGAGCAUAUUCCUGAUGACAGACAAGAUGGGAAACUCGAUGAGAUGGACUGA